GACGUAUUUUUGCGACGCACUUGUGAAAUAACCAGGAAGAGGGCUACUUUUCUAACAGUAGGACAAUGGCAGAGAACAACGUGUCAGGGAUGGAGACGUCUGCCAUUGCUGUGCUGAAACGGGCGGUGGAGCUGGACCAGAGCAGUCGCUACCAGGAGUCUCUGGUCUGCUACCAGGAGGGAAUCAGUCUGCUGAUGGACGCGCUGAAAGCUGUGAAAGACGAUUCAAAGAGAGAUUACUACAGAAAGAAAAUAAAGGCCUACAUGGACAGAGCAGAGCAAAUCAAGGCUCUCGUUAACCAGAUGAAAGAAGAUGGGAAGUACCAUGAGCAGAUUAAAAUAUCAGAGGACGCCACUGGUUACAGCUACGCGGUUCUGUUCAAGCCGUACAUCAGCAGUUCACUGUCAGAAGUCUGGGUGGAGGAUCCAUACAUACGACACACCCAUCAGUUGUACAACUUUUUGCGUUUCUGUGAGACGCUGCUAAAGGCCGACUGCACGUUGAAGAGCAUCCACCUCGUCACUUCUCAGGAUGAAGCAAACAGCGACCAACAGAGCGGCGCUUUGUCCGCACUGAAAGACAGUCUGAGUGGUCAUGGAGUGACACUGGACCUGCAGUUCUCUACCACCAUCCACGACAGAGAAAUAAGGUUUGACAAUGGUUGGAUCAUCAAGAUCGGGAGAGGCUUGGAUUACUUCAAGAAGCCUCAGAGUCGGUUUUCUAUCGGCUGGUCCGACUAUGACUUCAGGCCGUGUCACGAGACGACGGUGGACAUUUUUCACACCAAACACACAAAAACACAACGCGACUCCUGACACUUUACGAUGUACUGUUUUUAUAACAGUCAAGGGACUUUAUUCACACACCUGCCUAAACGGUACAAACAUUCAAUGACAAUAUAUCAAGCUACAGUAUGUAUAUGAGAAUUUAUUUCAAUAUGAAAAUGUUUUUUAUCUAUAAUUUGUCAUUGUAUCACAAUAAUUAUUGAUACUGACUGAUUGGAAGCUUUUAUUGUGAUGCACUGUUAUUGAUUUGCCUUCAAUUUCACUCAGGUUGAACCCCACGACACUGCAGAAUUUUAUUUUUUAUUUUAUUGCCACAUUUGUGUGUUUUAAAUAUGAGUGAAUCGUACAGUGUAAUAUUCUGUUUGUCUGAAGUGGAUUCUUAAAGGAUUCUUUUCCCCGUCCUGUUUGAGUUGACCAUGCUGCCACCUGGUGGAAAGUUUAAUAAAAUGUAAUAUAAUCCAUAUUAAAUGUUCUUUUAUCAGAUCA